AUGGUGAUGAAGUCCACAGUUGAGGAUGAUGACUCUGGCUGGGGUCUUGGCAUCCCAGAAAAGAUGAAGAACAAUGCCAACUGGGUUGAUAUUACUCAUGAGUUUAAGAACGCCUGCAAAGAGCUCGAUCUGGGAGAGUUACUUCAUGACAAACUCUUUGGCUUGUUUGAAGCCAUGUCUGCUAUAGAGAUGAUGGACCCCAAGAUGGAUGCUGGUAUGAUUGGAAACCAGGUCAACAGAAAAGUUCUCAACUUUGAACAAGCUGUUAAGGAAGGUGCCAUUAAGGUGAAAGACCUUAGUCUUCCUGAGCUCAUUGGUAUUAUUGACACGUGUUUCUGUUGUUUGAUAACCUGGCUGGAGGGUCACUCCUUGGCUCAGACGGUGUUCACCUGUCUAUACGUCCAUAACCCUGACCUGAUCGAGGAGCCCGCCCUUAAAGCCUUCGCCCUGGGCAUUUUAAAGGUCUGCGACAUUGCACGGGAAAAAAUUAACAAGGCAGCUGUGUUUGAAGAGGAGGAUUUCCAAGCAAUGACGUAUGGUUUCAAAAUGGCCAAUAAUGUGACAGACUUGCGUGUGACAGGUAUGCUGAGAGAUGUGGAGGAUGAGUUACAGAGGAAAGUUAAGAGCACUCGCAGUCGGCAGGGUGAGCAGAGAAAUCCAGAGGUUGAGCUGGAGCACCAGCACUGUCUGGCUCUAUUCAACCGAAUCAAGUUUACACGCCUCCUACUGUCGGCUCUGAUCGCCUUCACUAAAAAAGAGACCAGCUCAGUAAACGAGGCUCAGAAGCUUGUGACUCAGGCUGCUGACCUGCUGUCCUCCAUUCAUUCCAGUAUUCAACAUGGCAUCCAGUCCCAAAACGACACCACCAAAGGCGACCACCCUAUCAUGAUGGGCUUUGAGCCCUUAGUCAACCAGCGGCUGCUGCCGCCCACCUUUCCACGCUACGCCAAAAUCAUAAAGAGGGAAGACAUGGUGGCCUACUUCAGCAAACUCAUCGAGCGUAUUAAGACUGUGUGUGACGUUAUCAACACCACAAACCUGCACGGAAUACUGGACUUCUUCUGUGAAUUCAGUGAGCAGUCCCCCUGUGUGCUCUCCCGGUCCCUUCUCCAGACGACGUUUCUCAUCGACAACAAGAAAGUGUUUGGAACCCACCUCAUGCAGGACAUGAUUAAAGAUGCUCUAAGAUACUUUGUCAGCCCUCCUGUCCUAUCAAACAAAUGUUGUUUGUUCAACAACCACCAGGCCAAGGACUACAUCGACUCCUUUGUCACACACUGUUCUAGGCCUUUCUGCAGCCUUAUUCAGAUCCAUGGACACAACCGAGCUCGGCAGAGAGACAAGCUGGGGCACAUACUCGAGGAGUUUGCCACGCUGCAGGAUGAAGCUGAGAAGGUGGACGCCGCAUUGCACAGCUUACUAAUGAAACUCGAGCCUCAGCGACAACACCUAGCCUGUCUUGGUACUUGGAUCCUCUAUCAUAACUUAAGGAUCAUGAUCCAGUAUCUGCUGAGUGGCUUUGAACUGGAGCUUUACAGCAUGCAUGAGUAUUAUUACAUCUACUGGUACCUUUCAGAGUUUCUGUACGCAUGGCUAAUGUCCACUCUGAGCAGAGCAGAUUCUUCUCAGAUGGCAGAGGAGCGAAUCCUGGAGGAGCAGCUGAAAGGGCGCAGCAGUAAAAAGAGCAAAAAGAAGAAGAAAGUUCGGCCUCUCAGUAAGGAGAUCACCAUGAGUCAGGCGUACCAGAAUAUGUGUGCAGGCAUGUACAAGACCAUGGUAGCUUUGGACAUGGAUGGGAAGGUACACAAGCCUCAGUUUGAACUGGACAGUGAACAAGUUCGCUACGAGCAUCGCUUUGCCCCCUUCAACAGUGUGGUCACCCCCCCGCCUGUGCACUACAUCCAGUUCAAGGAGAUGUCUGAUCUGAAGAAGUACAAUCCUCCUCCAGGCUCUGCAGAUCUCUACCUGGCAGCUAGCAAACACUUUCAACAGGCCAAACUCAUACUAGAAAAUGUGCUGAGCCCGGACCCCGAGGUGAACCGCAUACUGAAGGUAGCCAAGCCCAACAUUGUAGUUAUGAAACUUCUGGCUGGAGGCCACAAGAAAGAAACAAAGGUGCUUCCAGAGUUUGACUUCUCGGCUCACAAGUACUUCCCUAUUGUAAAGAUCAUCUGAUUCCUCCAAGUGUUCCUCACCUGAGUUUGUGUACAGAGGUCCUGAACCAGUCCUUGGCCAAACACUGUUGUGUGAUACUCAACUAUAAUCUCAUGUAGAGAAGUGACUGAGUGAGAUCAAAACUGGACCUCAACAAGUCUCAAUAUUCACAUAUAGAUCAACAAGAACUCGAAUGGAAGUGUGUGUUUGUGUGUGUGUGUGUCAUGACAAGCCAGGCUGGAGUAGCCUGGCAGAGUAACUGAUGCUCUCAGAUCAGUCUUGUGAAGGCUUGAAAAGAAUAUGAUGAUAAUUGAUGUAUGUCAUUAAAUGUCAUAUGAAA